AUGUCUGGUCAGACUGGGAGCACAGAAUGGUGUGAGGAGAGAGAUGGGACGUAUUGUGCUCUUUACCACAAGCCCCUCAGGGAACGGGAGGAAGUCGGUUAUGGAAUAGGGGAAGAUGGGUGGGUGGUGGUGGGGUGGGGGGGUUAUGUUACGCCUCGGGCAGUGCAGCCCCUGCUGUCGCCUGUCACACCAAGCACAGUGACUUUUUCUUCCUCUCUGUCCUCUCUCCACACACACACACUCCCCCGCUCUCCUCUCCCUCCUGUUUCUCCCACUCUGUGCAUGCCUUUCCGAGCCUUUUGA